AUGGCCGGGAACUGCUCCUGGGAAGCCCAUGCCACCAACAGGAACAAGGUAUGUCCCGGCGCGAGCGAGGCCCCGGAGCUCUACGGCCGAGGCUUCCUGACCAUCGAGCCCAUCACGGCGCUGCCACCGCCGGCGGUCAUGAACUACAUCACCCUGCUGCUGUGCCUGGGCGGCCUGGUGGGCAACGGGCUGGUGCUCUGGUUCUUCGGCUUCUCCAUCAAGAGGACGCCCUUCUCAGUCUACUUCCUGCACCUGGCCAGCGCCGACGGCGCCUACCUCUUUAGCAAGGCCGUGUUCUCCCUGCUGAACGCUGGGGGCUUCCUGGGCAGCUUCGCCGACUACGUGCGCGGCGUGUGCCGCGUGCUGGGGCUCUGCGCCUUCGUGGCGGGCGUGAGCCUGCUGCCGGCCAUCAGCACCGAGCGCUGCGCCUCGGUCGUCUUCCCCGCCUGGUACUGGCGCCGGCGGCCGCAGCGCCUGUCCGCCGUGGUGUGCGCCCUGCUCUGGCUCCUGUCCCUGCUGGUCACCGCCGUGCACAACUACUUCUGCGCCUUCCUGAGUGGCGAGGCCUCCUCCGCGGGCGCCUGCAAGCACACAGACAUCUUCCUGGGCAUUCUGCUCUUCCUUGUCUUCUGCCCGCUCAUGGUGCUGCCCUGCCUGGCCCUGGUCCUGCACGUGGAGUGCCGGGGGCGGCGGCGCCAGCGCUCGGCCAAGCUCAACCACGUGGUCCUGGCCAUGGUCUCCGUCUUCCUCGUGUCCUCCAUCUACCUGGGUAUUGACUGGUUCCUCUUCUGGGUGUUCCGGAUCCCGGCCCCCUUCCCCGAGUACGUCACGGACCUUUGCAUCUGCAUCAACAGCAGCGCCAAGCCCAUCGUCUACUUCCUGGCCGGCAGGGACAAGUCGCAGCGGCUGUGGGAGCCGCUCCGGGUGGUCUUCCAGCGGGCCCUGCGAGACGGCGCCGAGUCCGCGGAGGCCGGGGGCAGCACGCCCAACACGGUCACCAUGGAGAUGCAGAGCCCCACUGGGAACGCCUCGUGA